AUGGUUGCUACAUCCACCUUCUUUACGUCGCUCGUUGCCUUUGGUGCGUCGGUGAUGGCGUCGUCGCUCCGCGCCUGCAACAAGACUGCGCUCAUCAUCGUCGACGUCCAAAACGACUUUACAUUGUCAACUGGCAGCCUCUCGGUGACGAACGGCGAGGCCAUCAUCCCAAUCAUCAACAAGGUCCGCGACGAGGGCAAGUUUGAUAUGGUUGUGCUCACGCAAGACUGGCACCCGGUCGGCCACGUCUCGUUCUACUCGCGCUGGUCCGCGGAUCCGAAGGCUAAGCUCUUUGCGCCGUACACGCUGCCCUCCACGGGCCCGGCGCCCGUACCGCGCUCAUCAUCGUCGACGUCCAAAACGAUUUUGCGCUACCGAGCAGCGAUCCCCAUCAUCAACGACGUGCGCCGCCACGGUACGUUUGAUUUGGUCGCGACGACCCAAGACUGGCACCCGCUCGGCCACGUCUCGUUGGGCCCACGACCCAAACGCCAAGCUCUUUGCGCCGUCCACGCUGCCGUCGUGUGGCCGCCCAACACGGAGCAGGUGCUCUGGCCCAACCACUGCACGCAGAAUCAAGACGGAGCCAAGUUCCACAAGGAUCUCAAGCGCAAGAAGUCUGACAUUGUGAUCCAGAAGGCGACGUCCUAA